GUUGAUUAGCUUCAACCUUCAAGUGAUGUGGCAUUGGCACGCAGUUUAACGUACCUUCACGAUUCUUUCUUCUUCGUUAUUCCGGUGAUCCACUACCACGAUGAUCGCUCGGAGGAUUUCGCUCAAACAGCGGCUUUCCACCUCCGCCACGCGCUUUCUAUUUCCCUCUACUCACAAAGCUUCGUCUCCGUUGUCGCCUUCUCUGGUCACGGAGCUCGGACAUCCAUCUCUAGGUGUUUUUUUCCUGCGGCGCUUCUGUAGCAACGCUUCGGAAUCGUUUCAAUCGAUUACUAACUCUAUUGACAGUAGAAUUCGAUGUAAGGUGAAUAAAUGUUGCUUUUCGACUCAUGCUUUGGCGGAUCUUCCAGUGGGCGGGAUAGUUGAUGUGCCUUUAGCUCAAACUGGUGAAGGCAUCGCUGAAUGCGAACUUCUCAAAUGGUUCGUGCGUCAGGGGGAUGAAGUUGAGGAAUUUCAACCAUUAUGCGAGGUUCAGAGUGACAAAGCAACUAUUGAAAUAACAAGUCGUUACAAGGGGAAAGUAGCUCAAAUUCUCUCUGUUCCUGGAGAUGUUGUAAAGGUUGGAGAAACUCUUCUAAAAAUCAUUGUUGAGGAAUGUCAAGCUCCCAUACAGAUGCAUGAUGGUUCUGAAGAUAAAAAGUCAGUUGAUCCCAAGCUGGAAAAAAUUCAUAUUGGUGGAGUUCUCUCCACACCAGCUGUGCGGAACCUUGCAAAGCAGUAUAAUAUAAAUUUAAAUGAUGUCCAUGGAACUGGGAAAGAUGGAAGGAUAUUAAAGGAAGAUGUACUUAAAUAUGGCAUUCAGAAGGGAGUAAUUGAAGAAUCACCUGGAACUGUGAGAGCUGAUUCUGGGAACCAGUUUCUGGGGGAAAAAGAGAAAUACUCAGAUGCAUCAGCUGAAAUAAGACCACUUCAUGAGGACAAGAUAGUUCCACUAAGGGGUUUCCAACGGACCAUGGUGAAGACAAUGUCCAUGGCUGCAAGAGUUCCACAUUUUCAUUAUGUAGAAGAGAUUAAUUGCAACACACUAGUGGAGCUUAAAGCAUCUUUCCAGAAUAAUAAUCCUGAUCCAGGCGUCAAGCACACUUUCCUUCCAUUAUUGAUAAAGUCACUUUCAAUGGCCCUCAACAAAUAUCCGUGGCUGAAUAGUUCCUUCAAUGAGGAAACAGUAGAGGUGAUCCUAAAAGGUUCCCACAAUAUAGGAAUUGCCAUGGCUACUCCACAUGGUCUGGUUGUGCCCAACAUAAAAGAUGUUCAGUCUCUUUCCAUCUUGGAGAUAACGAAGGAAUUGGCAAGGUUACAACAAUUGGCAUCAGAAAAUAAGCUUAACCCUGAGGAUAUAACUGGUGGAACAAUAACUCUAAGCAAUGUCGGAGCAAUUGGUGGGAAGUUUGGUGCCCCUAUCCUCAACUUGCCUGAAGUUGCCAUUAUUGCCAUUGGUCGAAUUCAGAAGGUUCCACAGUUUGCAGAUGAUGGGAAUGUAUAUCCUGCAUCAAUCAUGACUGUAAAUGUUGGUGCAGACCAUAGAGUUUUGGAUGGCGCAACAGUUGCAAAAUUUUGCACUGAGUGGAAACAAUUGAUUGAAAAACCAGAAUUACUGAUGUUGUAUUUGAGAUGAUAGGUUUUCAUUUCACAGCCUCCUCUUUACUGUACAGUUAUUCAAAGCGAAGCAGAUGAGAGAACCAUUUUGUUGGGAAACUUCUAUCAAGUGCCAAAUUGCCAAUAAGAUUUAAAAUAAUGAAUAGCAAAAAUACUUGGGACGGGUUAAAAUGUAAUAAUAUAUAAAUAUGGCAUGUGCAAUGUUUCCUACAUUAUUUAUUCCUUGUGCUCCUUUAGUUUGUAACAAUUUUAUUUCAAACUUGAAUUAAUAAUUGUAAGUUUUCAUUUGUGCAUUCGCUUUA